AUGACCACGAUACCACCCGAUCAGGAAUUCACGGCAGGCUGGAUAUGCGCCCUCCAGUUGGAGCUCAAUGCGGCUCAACAGAUACUAGAUGAGUAUUAUGGGCGUCGAUUUGGGGAUGAGCACGAUCAUAAUCUCUAUACCUUGGGUAGGAUCGGCAAUUUGAAUGUUGUCCUUGUCUGUCUGCCUAUGGGAUGGAUAGGUACGAAUAUGGCAGCUACAGUUGCCAGCCGAAUGAUGAGCAAGUUUCCAAAUAUCAAGAUCGGCCUACUAGUGGGUAUUGGAGGUGGACUACCCCAUGACAAGAAUGAUAUUCGACUUGGUGAUGUGGUGGUUAGUAAACCAGCUGGACAAUAUGGUGGAGUUGUGCAGUAUGAUAUGGGAAAGUGGACGACUAACGGGUUUAAGUGUAUCGGCUCACUUAAUGCCCCCCCUGAGAAAUUAUUGGCAAUACUCAACUUAAUGCCGGGUCAUGGUACUCAACAGUCUGAACUUGGAAGCCUUUCCUCAAAACCGUAUCCUGGUGAUGAGUUGGACAAAUUAUACGAUAUGGAUGGUCUACGAUUAAUGGAACGAGAUCCCGGUCACCGGAAGAAUGGGCCUUAUAUAUUCUAUGGGACAAUCGCGUCUGGAAACGCAGUCAUUAAGGAUGCUCAAAUACGGGAGACACUAAUAAAAAAGUAUGGGGUGCUAUGUUGUGAGAUGGAAGCGGCCGGCUUGAUGAACCACACUUUCCCAUGUCUCGUCAUUCGAGGGAUCGCCGACUAUGCGGACUCUCAUAAGAACGACAUAUGGCAAGAAUACGCCGCGGCGAUGGCGGCAGGAUAUGCCAAGGCGUUCCUCCGCGAAGUCCCACAGAAUAUAGUCCGCGACCUCAACCCGAUUCGAGGUUCCGAUGGUCGAAUCCCUGCACUUCACAGAGCAGCAAUGUAUGGUAUUGAAACGAAUAUUCGCAGAGGACUGGAAAAUAAGGUUGACGUUAAUGCCAAGUUCCAAGGGAUGACGGCACUUCACAAAGCUGCUUAUUACGGACAUGAAUCGGUAAUGCCAACUUUGUUCGAGUACAAAGCAGACACCGAAGCAAAGAAUUCAACGGGAUGGACCCCACUACACAGCGCCGCCUCUCAAGGACAUCUUACGGCGGUACAGAUGUUGUUGGACCACGGGGCUAACAUCGAAGCAAGGAUCACUAACCAUGGAGGGACACCAUUAUAUAAGGCUGUGGAAAAGGGACACAUUGUCGUUCUUCAAUUUUUGAGGCAAAAAGGUGCGAGUAUCUGCACACGGAAUGAUUAUGGUUGGACGCCAAUGCAUAUUGCGGCAUACCGUGGUAAUGAGGAGGUAGUGCAAUACUUAAUUAACUCUAAAGCCGACAUCAACGCACAGACUAACAUCGGAGCGACACCAUUAUACAAGGCAGCAGAGAAGGGGAACGACGAAACAGUUCGACUAUUGAUAGAAAAUGGGGGAGAUAUUAACAUUGCUGCGAAGGAUGGAUGGAUACCGCUUCACGAGGCAGCAUCCCGUGGGCGUGUAAAUACAAUACUGCAGCUUCUGAAGUACGGUGCUAAGCCAGAGGCGAGGAGUGAGAUCGGAUCAACACCACUAUACCUGGCAGCACAAAAGGGACACAGAGAAGCGGUAGAUGUCCUUCUACGGAAGGGGGCCGAUGUUAACGCAGAGCUGAACACGAAAUGGACACCCCUUCAUGCAGCAUCAAAGAACGGACAUGUUGAAGUGGUACAAUUGUUGUUGAAAUGGGGUGCAGCUAUUGAUGCAAGAAACGCCGAUGGAUCGACGCCACUCUAUCUUGCAGCUGACAAUGCUAAUGAUGCGGUAACAGCGAUACUACUUAAUGCGCAGGCCGACGUUCAUGCACGGCAAAUCAAGCGUUGGCAACCCUUACACAAGGCAGCAUACUGCGGGAGACUAGCCGUUGCGCGAAAGCUUCUGGACUUUGGCGCCGUGGUGGACUCGGAAAAUGAUGAUGGUGCAACGCCACUUUAUAAGGCAGCAGAGAGGGGACACGAAACGGUGAUGGAGUUGUUGAUCAAGAAGGGGGCAGAUGUCGCCAAGAGAAACAAUGGGAAUUGGACAGCACUCCACAUCGCAGCCAAGGAGGGACGUGCUGGCUCUGUGCAGUUGUUGCUGAAAUACGGUGCCUCUGCUACUGUCACCAAUAGAGCCGGGAAGACGCCGUUGGACUUGGCGAUCGGGGCGAAACACGGCGCGGUGAUAAAGCUUUUGGGGUCCGACUAA